GUAUCAUGUUCCCUCCUAUCAUUUUUCACAUAAACAAAUGCAUUAAUCAUCGAUGGGACAAGAUGCUGCUGGUAUUAAUAAUAGCAGCACUUUAGUGUUGCAGGACAUUUUCUCACGGGGAAGAGAAUCCAGCCUCCUGCACUUGCUUCCAAAACGCCUCCUUUAUAUAAAGAGUGGCCUUCGGGCUAGAUCGGCUACAUCCAUCACAUCCAGGUAUCAUCACCAAUCGGCUGAGGGUGAUCUGCACUUUGCAAGGCCUGGGCUCUUUGGGAUAACUGCCAGGGGAAGCUGAUGGAUUUGGCAACUGGACCAUCCUGACUGCAGCAUCAUUCUAGUCCCCGCUCUGCACAUAGACUGCUCUGCUUAAAUCAUCAAAAAUAUACGCAACUAUAGGAGCAGUGGGGGGGCAUUUUGCAAAAAGAAUACUUUACUCUCUAUGUGGUUUACCUUGAUGCAUUUCAAAGCCACUCAGGUGUAAAGCCACUUGAGUUUAUGUAGCAGUCUCUUGACUCAAAAUCAGCAAACUGUCGGACACCGACACGCACACGGUGCCACGCGCAACAGCAUCUCUCUCUCUCUAUCUCUCUAUCUCUCUAUCUGUGUGUGUGUGUGUGUGUGUAUCUCUCUCUCUCUCUCUUCGGCGCAGUCGCGCGUCCCGCCGCUCCGUCUGUCUCGUCGCGGUGGAUUCGGUGCCAAGUCGUUUUGCCGGACGCACGCAGCGCACUCUGAGCGCACGCAGCCUGGCUUAUUUGUUUCCUUUCUUAUUCAUCUUCUAUUCAUUCAGAAAAAGUCGUUUCGGUUGACAAACUCUGGAAUAUUUCUUUGAGGUUAAAAAACAAAAAAAGACCUGAGAGAUGAAGUGAUUUCCUCACCGGCACCAGCUGUGGUCGAAGGCGGCGAGUGGGAGGCUGCGCGCCGCGCGCCGCGCGCAACGGGCAGGUGGAUGGAGAGGCUGGCGGGAUGAAGCUUUCCGGCACGUCAGCGCAGCUCCGGGGCGGCGGGGCUCCACAUUCUCUGCUGACUCGGGAGCACGACUGUGGACUCGAGGCGUGGAGGACGCGUUUCGUUUCAAAGUAAGUGAUGCUGUCUGGAGAAAAGAAAAGAAGAAGAGGAAGGUGAGAAUAGAUAAGAGGGAAUUUGGUGCCGAUUUUUAAUGCAGCUCAUUAAAUCUGUCUUAAUCUACUGGCAUCUCUGCAAGGACUCAUGAGUUGCUUGUGUCACACAGACCGCAGGUUGGUUCAUUUUAUCUAAUAAAAGUUACGUUAUUUAAUCAAAUCUAUUAUGAAAAUGCAGUAGUGGCACACUGGUGGUUAAUUGUGGGCAUCUAAAUGCAAUCAAACAGAGGAUGGAUUAUUAUUAUUUUCUUCUGCCUCUUGGUUAAAUGAGGAGGGUAGGUGUGUGUACUUCAUCUCAACACAUCAAGUGCAGUUCCAGUGGAGCAGUGCGUGGUUAUAGCACAGUGUCCGGCUGAGGAUGGGCAUAGUCUGUUUCAUUUAAUUUGGAGGGACAUUCAUUAUUAUUGUGAACAAAUAACACAGUCAUUACUUCCUUCAGAGGACUUGGGGUUAUUAUUUUUUUAGGUUGGUUUCCCAUCUGUGGGUCACUCACUCUCUCCCCACUCUAACAGGCACGUGAGAUUCUGUGGAUUUCAGCACUUAAAUAUUAAAAAUGUAUAAUAAAUAUUUUUUUAAAUUAAAUCAGGAAAAAAAAGGUAUUGUGUGUUUUUUAGUGUUUCCCACCCCAGCUAUAUUAACAUUCAGUCUACAUUGUAUUUUAUUUUUAUUUUCCAGGAUUCUUGCACCUGCGGUGACCGCUAGUUAACGUAGGUGUCGCCAAAUCAACCAGAACAGCAAUAUUAAAGACUACACUUAAAAAAAAAAAAAAAAGUGACUUAAUUCUAUUCAAUCACGACAAUGCCGUGCUUCGUUCAAACUACUAUUACUCUGUCAAGCGCUUAAACAGCUUGGCCACUAUUUCAUCUCAGAGCGCUCCGCUCUGGCUCGGUUAGCGGUUCGUCGUGUCCGGUAUGGACAACUUGCGUUGCAGAUAUUGUCUGUUGUCAGUGUCUGAGUCAAACACACCAUGUCAGAGGCAAACGGUCACUCGUGGACCGGAAGGCUAUUGGCAAUGGGUAUCAAUUCUAGUCUUAAACUUGACUGAACAGUAUUAUGAUCAUAUUAGAAAGUAUGCAGUAUGAGUACCAUAGAAAGGUUCAAGAAAGAUUGAAGAUACCACCUUUUGUAAUCUUUUGUAAAUCACUGAUUCUCAUGUUGUUGUUUCUAGUAUUUAACAUUUUACGUGAGUAAAUGAUUAUGUAAGUAAGCGAAAAACACUGUAGAUUAAUAAAAGAAUGGAGCGAGCCUCAGAGCCACCCUGACAGGUUCAUGUCAAAACCCAUUAUCACCAUAACCCCUCAUUAGCACAAAGUGGACCGGCCAAAGUGGGCCCCCACAUAUGCCAGUCACGAUUCAGGCAAAUUAUGACAGCAAGAACUGGGCAGUCGCCCGACUUUGCGGGCCGGCUGCUUUCGCUGUAGUUGCAGAGGGAGCGAUCCUGCCACGGUGUCAGAGCUGUUUGUCCCCAAGAUCAAUUAAAUAAACAUUUGCCUCUGGCAGCGAGGAUGCCCUCAUCGUUCAUUUGCUCAGGCGCACUGCUUUGCAUGUAUGCAUACAUGCGGGAGGCAUGCAUACGAACAUGUGCACACGCCUGUCCUGGACUACUCGGGGUCAGUGUCGCAAGGGGAAGGGGAAUUAAUGGUCUGGUCAGAGAUUUACGAGCAAGAAACGAAGACCCGAUGAGAUCCACAAAGAAAUACACACAUUGAUUGGAAGUAUGGACACAAAUGUGGCUUGAAUAUACUUUGUGGUGAGUCCUAUGAAAGGUUGUGUGUGUUUGGGAUGAUGGUGCCCUGAUGGCUGCUGGCAGUAUUUUGGAUAUAUCUCGCUCUGUUACCAUCUCUCUACAGCUGGAAUGUGACACUUGGUUGUCUGCGCAUUAAAAAUCUCCAGUUGUCCCGAUAGCGAGAGCCCCGGGCCCAAAGACCCCAAGGUCUCAACCCUUACUUUCACCAACCUGUGCAUUAUAUUCAAGGUUUUUUAGCAUGUGACUCUAACUGAAAACCCAUUAAUAGCUAUCAUCUCUGAACCACCCUUUAUUCCUCACCACUUAGAAACCCUUUGAUUGCCCAAAAACUUUUUUUAGCCAUCAUGGCCUUGGAUCAGUGGCCCUUCCUCUCGACUCCCCCAAACACCUCCAUCCCCGAACCUCUCCUGUACGACAGCUACAUCCAAGGGAACGAGUCCGACCUGGACAUGAACGUCUCUGGGACCAGGGAGCAUCACCAGGACAAGACCAGCUCCGUGGUCAUAACCCUCAUCUACUUCUUGGUGUGCGCCGUGGGGCUCUGCGGCAACGCCCUGGUCAUCUACGUCAUCCUGCGCUAUGCCAAGAUGAAGACGGUGACCAACAUCUACAUCCUGAACCUGGCCGUGGCAGAUGUUCUGUGCAUGAUGAGCCUGCCGUUCAUCGCCAUGCAGCUGGCGCUGGUGCACUGGCCCUUCGGACAGUCACUGUGCAGAGUGAUCAUGACCGUAGACUCUCUCAAUCAGUUCACCAGCAUCUUCUGUCUGAUGCUGAUGAGCAUCGAUCGAUACCUGGCCGUGGUCCACCCCAUUAAAUCUACAAAAUGGCGGAAGCCCCGCGUUGCCAAGCUAAUUAACCUGACGGUCUGGGUCGUGUCGCUGUUAGUCAUCUUACCUACUAUGAUCUUCAGCGGCCUGGACAAGGUCCCGGUGUGUGGCAUUGUGUGGCCGGAGCCUCAGGAUGUCUAUUACACCGCCUUCAUAUUCUACACCUUUUUCAUUGGAUUCUUCUUGCCCCUGGCAGUCAUAUGUAUGUGCUACCUGCUCAUUAUAGUCAAGGUGAAGUCGUCCGGCAUGAGAGUGGGCUCCACCAAACGCAAGCGUUCAGAGCGUAAGGUGACACGGAUGGUGUCCAUCGUGGUGGCGGUGUUCGUGCUCUGCUGGCUGCCGUUCUACGCUUUCAACGUCACCUCCGUCACCAGCUCCAUCAGCCCCACCUCUGCCCUGAAGAGCACCUUUGACUUUGUGGUGGUCCUCGGCUAUGCCAACAGCUGCGCCAACCCCAUCCUCUACGCCUUCCUGUCGGACAACUUCAAGAAGAGCUUUCAGAACGUCCUGUGUCUGAAAAAGGUGGCGGGCCUGGACGAGAUCGAGCGCAGUGACAGCAGGGCGGACAGGAGCAGGAUGGUUCACGAUGCCGCGAUCAUCAGCGCAAACCUGGAGACUCAUAAUGCCGCCCUGCUCCACUGCGAGCUGCAGACCAGCAUCUGAGGGCGAAGGAACGGCAGUCACAUCCAGGGAGGCCUGAUAGCCUGAGCAGUGGUGCUCGGGGCGUCUGAUGGGCUGCCCGUGCACUGCGAGUGACCUCUGCUUAAAGACAUGGGGGUGGGAGGAUGAUGUGAAGCUGCAGCUCGUGGACACUGACACAUGAACAAAAUCUAAGUGAAAAAUGAACAAUUUCUUAAGGGGUUUCAAAGGUCGGGGAAAGUACACCAACUCCACUUCUUGAGCUGGUUAGCCCUGAGCUGAAGCAACCAAUCAUCUGACUGAAAUGAUUUUCAACACUGUAAAGAAAUCAAACAUAAACAAGGCCGCCGCUAAUGCACCGUGGGACUACUGUCGAGUUGCCGGAAAACAUGCAGGCUGAAUCAAAAAAUGAAUUCAAGAUGUGCAAUUGGAGAGUGGACUGCUGUGGACCCACUGGAGAAAUCCUGGGGCAAGUUCACGCAUGGCGCACACACAGGUCUGAGGUGGUUGAGUCCCAUCUAUGACUGUCAUUGAUGGAGAUUUCCAGAGAUAAGAAGGCAGGGCAUUGAUUUUUUUGGAAGGUGGAAAUACUGUCGGAGAAGUUGACCAACCAUUGCAAGCAGCCACUGUAAUUUUGCUCGAGACUUUGAUCAUCGAGCAAAACUCAAAGAUGAUUGCUUUCAUGGUCAAGUUUUAUUCAUACCCGCUGAUUCGUCUGGUCUCACAUGAUCGACAGGGCAACACAAUGGUAAACCCGUCAAAACAUACCUUAUUCACCCACAAAGGAAGGAUGCUCUCUAGCUGGCAUCUCCUUGGUAGGACCCGCAUUAAUCUGUAAAAGUUUGAGUUUAACGUCAUGGAUUAUUGAUUAAGUGGAAGGAUGGCAAAACAUCUUGGGAGCUGCUCUGACCUUGCUUAGUUCAAAACAGUGUGACUUUGUAUAUAGGAAAUGUUUCUGGGUUGGGUUUUUUUUUCAGCCUGCAAAAUUAAUUUCAAAGGGCAAGCCCUGCUGUAAAAUUCUGCAUUGUUGUGAUAUGCGUAAAUGACAGCUUCAAAACUAUGUUUGCAAAACCUACUUGUAAAGUUCUGUGUGUUGACAAUGUAAUAUAUUCUCCUGAUUUCAUGCUGAAAUGUCAUCUUCGCCCUCACCUUCGCGUUGGAUAAGGCAGCGUGUGCUUGUAAAUCUCACAGAAGACAGGAUAAUGUACCACUUGGUCAGAGAGGGAGCUGGUGAGAAGGAGAAGGGAAAGAAAUGAGGGGAAGAAAUCUAAAGGUGGUGCCCUUAUCAUAAUGAGAACACAACACAAAUGGACACAACGCUUUGGAAUUUGCAGUGGGCUGCAUGAUUGCAGGUGAAAAGAGAUGAAGGUGUGUGUGGGGUAAGAACCAAAGCUAUACACUGAAACACAUAUUCUUUUUAGCAAAUUAUUGUCAAUACGUUAUUUUAUUCUCAUAACAGUAUUGUAACGAGCCUCCCGAGCGUUGCAGUGGAGGUCACCAGUUGAUGGGCAACAACGACAGAGAACAGGUCGUUGUGUUUCUGAAGCUCUGAACUUAACUCACAUAAACUUAUACAUCAAACUGCAUACAUGUUUUGUCAGAGAUCUGAUCAUUUAUUACUUUUGACGCAUUAGUGUGCUGUUGCUCCUAUGUUGGAAUGACAUAAAACCAAUGGAAGUUUUUUUUUCUUCUUCAAUGUGCCUGUUACCUUGAUUAAACACAAUUUAAUUCUG